UUGACAGUGCCACAUUUUAAGUAAAAAGGUGACAUUAUUUGUGAGAGAGCCUUUUCAGAUUUUUAGUUGUAUUGUAUUGUUUCAUCAGCUUAAUUUAAGUGAAUCAAAUGGUUUAAUGUUGGCCUAGCCUACACUGUCACCAGUUUUAGUGAAAUGUUGAAGGACAUAAAUUAUUGAAUGACAACUAACUUUACAGUUGUUGUGUUCUAGAAAUAAAAUAGCCUAUAAUGUGUUAUGGGUUAAUAAGAGGAUGAACACAUCAAGUAUGUCUGCUUUGUUAUGUAGGGCCAAAAUUCAACAUCACAAUACUUUCAACAAAGAUGUCAUCCUUCUUACAAAGCCAUCAAGCAGUGUCGUCGUCAAGCAUCUCACUAAACAACGGUUACACGAACUCGGACAUAUACUGAAUGGGUUUGAAUUCCAGAAGUCUUGGGACCUGAAGACUGUCACUGAACAAAUAAGGGAUGCCUUUGGAGAAAAACUGUCUGCUGAAGUGAGGAACUGGAUGCAAAUCUCAUUCACAAAGUAUAUAAAUCGAAAGCCCUAUACCUCAGACCAUCAAAGCCAAUUUUGGUACUGGAUGAUGAUCCUUUCAAGGAUGAUAGCAGCGAUGACAACAAUUCUUGUUCCAAUCGCCAACUGCGGUCCUCAUCUCUAAUGCAAGCUAGACACUCUUAUGCAUCUUCAGACAGUUUGACCAGUCCGACAACUGCCUCCCCAUCAAACAAUACUUCUGCAGUUCAGUCUUUUGCCUCAUCAUUUGGAUGUGAAGUGUUCUCCAUUCAUACUCCAGCCUCGUCCUACCACAGCAAUAUCUCCCCUAACACCACCAUUUCAGCAAGCGGUUCUUCUAAUCAACUGCCAGUAUGUCCUUCCACCAGUCAGCCUUCUACCCUACCAUUUGGAGGAACAACUUCAGUUGAUCCAACCCUGGUACUGACUUGGCCAAACAGUACAAGCUCACCCUACCAAAGUAGCACUUCAGCAAGUCAUUCCUCUGAGUUACCCUCUACCUCAACACACCAUCAAGCAACAAACUAUGAUAACUACCUUUCAAUAAUGUCUGUACUGUCUGAUCUUUCCUCUGAUGAGGAGGAACUGAACCAGGCUAUACUAGCAAGCUUGCAUAGUGAAAGGACCACAGGAUGUUGGAUGCCAGCAAGAGAGAUCUUGCAAGAUCUUGCAACAAAAAUAACCCAACAGAAGAGAUGCAAGUUUAACAUUAACCGAUCAACAGUCUUGGAUGGAGCCAUCAGAGGUUUAAUGAGGGACAUAUGAUCCAUGCCACACUAUUUCUGUCAGAUUUUCUGAUGAUAUGGGAGUACCUGAAGAGGCUGUGGACUUGGGUGGACCAAGAAGAGAAUUUCUAACACUGCUUAUGGAAGCUUUGCCAAGAUCUCAAAUGUUUGAGGGAGAAGAAGGCAAAAUGAACUUGUCCUUUGACAGUACUGCUAUGAGAGAGGACCGGUACUUCAUUGCAGGCAGGGCCAUCGCAGUAAGCCUUGUACACGGUGGACCUCCCGCAGGCUUUCUGUCCCCAACCCUCUUCUCUUGCCUUGCUGAUGGCCCAGAAUUGGCAAAGCCAGUAUUGGCAGAUGUUGCAGAUAGUGACCUACGUGACAAAAUCAAAAGGGUCAUAGAGUGUAAAACAUUUGAAGAACUGCUAGCAACCACAGAGCCACUUGAGGAGUAUUUGGCCAAUGCUGGCUGCCUGAGGCCGCUGAGAAAGUUGGAAGACAAGAACUUGCUUGUAGAUGACAUCCUGAUGUUUCAAGUGAUGCACAGAGUGCGUGGUCCUUUCGAGAGAUUUAGGGAUGGACUGAGAACACUUGGUGUGCUGGACAAAAUCAAAGCUCAUCUGGAGAGUUUCCGCCCCCUUGUUUGCUGGUCUCCUACAACCCUCACAGCUGACCUGGUUGAAAGCCUCUUCACCAUCCGCCUUUCUCCAGCUGGCAGCAAUAAAAGGCAUUCUGAAGAAGUUGUUGUUCCUUUCUGGAGAGACUACCUAACAGAUGCAGAAGAGCAAGAAGAAACACAGAAGCUAGGGAGGAUUCUCGCCUUUGCCACUGGAGCCAAUAUUGUUCCACCAAUUGGCUUCUCUCCACAGCCUUCAAUUGAAUUUCUUCACCCGGAGCAUGAUGCAGGAACUACCUCUAAACUACCAAUUGCAAACACAUGCAUCAAUUGUCUGAAGUUACCACUGCACACUUCUUACAAAGACUUUAAGGAAAACAUGGACUUUGCAUUGGGCAAUACCCAUGGUUUUGGCAUGGCUUAAUAUGCAUGCAGAGAGGCCUUCUUCUCAGUAUUCUGUUGUAAGGUCUAACUCACACACAGAUACUGUAGAUAAAUACAUGAAGCAGCACUGAAGUAAUCACAAAACAGUUCCUGACACGCAUAUAUUUGGUGUCUCAUCAUUCCACAAUUUGGGUGUUUUUUUGUGUGCAAAAUACACAUUUGUUCCAUA